GUAAAAAUGGAGAAUAUAUUAGGAUUAGUGAUAUUAUUGUGGGCAUCGGUGGCAGGAGUGAUGUGCCAACAGAUUAUGCCCAAUCAGCCCAUAACGGAUGCCAAUCAAGUGGGAGCGUCGCCCGUAUUCUACACCGAAGUGAUCGCCAAACAGUGCAUUGAUAUGAAUCAAGGAGUCGUCGGCCGUUCUUUUCCCACCGGACAGAGUGUCGAGAGUUUCAUAGCACUCGUCGAACUGUUGGAGACACUCAUCUACAACGGCACAGAUCAGGCCCUCGUUCAGCACAUGGGCGCCGAGAAUGUGGCCAGACUUUUGCUCAGGAGAUUCCGUUUCGACGGCUACGACGACGCCCAGCCGUCGACACUGAAGAAGCAAAAAGAUCUGGAGUUCCAGAACUUCAAUAAUGCAGUGCUGAAGAAAGGCGACGGCCAGACACUGCUCACUGGUUACUACUUUCCCGACCAGUAUUUCAAACUGGAAGAGCUCUGUUCGCUGCACGACAUGCUCUCACAUAAUAUCUAUAACGUUAAAAUCCAGCGGCGAGUAUCAUAUGCGCAGGUAUUCCGCGGCAAACGCCAGGCCUAUCGGCCGCAGAACCAGAAUCCGUACCAACAGAACAGGGAUCAGAACCAGAACCAGAGGAACAGCUGGAAUGCACCCGUCAAUAAUAACAACAAUAAUGGGUAUUGGCACGAUGGAAAGUUCAUCAAUAACAAUAACAACAACAACAAUAAUAAUAAUAAUCGGCCGCCGAUUGCGUCCAACUUCUUGAAUAACGGAAAUUAUGGUCAAAACCGAACUCAAAUUCCGAUAAAAGAGGAAGGAGUGGCCAGUCUUCGGGCCGACCGGAAAGAGGCCAUAGCCAUGGCUCGAGUGCUGUUGGGUGUGAUCGCCGGCCUAUCGAUGGACGCCCGGACGCAAGCGAGCGAUAUAUUGAAAUCGUGGGGAUCUAGCACUCAGAUGCAACCGGCUUACGAUCAACAGCUGGACCCCGUGGCCGCCAUGACUCUGGCCGACCUCUGGAGCAUUAACUCCGCGAAGACCAAUAUUUACGACCAGUAUUUAUACGGAGUGACCGGACAGUGGGAGACCUCCACUUGUGCCACACAUUACGGCCUCGAAAACAUACCCGAAGAUAAGUUUAAGGAUAUUGAUCACUAUAUCCGGGCCACGAGGGCUGAGAUCAGGGGUGGUAUCGAUGGGUAUCUGAUUGGCACAAAUUUGCGUUCGCCCCAGUUCCACCUUGAUAACCCACAGAGCCUUAGGCUGAGCGCUAUAUUGCGAUCCUAUUACUCGAAGCCCAUUCAGCCCAAGUCGUCCACAUUCUCGGCCUCCGUGUGUGACCGCAAUCGUAUCGGUCAGGAUAUCCCCAAAAUCCAGGGUUACGCCACGACAUACCAGUCCAUUGUUGCCACCAGAAAUGGGGGCAAAUUGCCCGUCGAUUUGGACCAGAGGUUUUCGCAGGAGAUUCAAAACGCUGUCAGCGGCGCCGCUAUUAUGCGAUCGCCGGGGGAUCCGGAGGUCGCGUGCGUUCGACACCCGAAACGCGAACCCUUUGCUCCCUAUGCUGUCCGCCAGAGGCAGAAAAGAGGUGCGAGUCUUUCGGACUACUGUAAUAUCCCGGGCAGUGUAUACGACAAGACAGCCCCGUGUGAGACCCCAUCGGACGUGAUCUAUGUGAUCGACGCCCACGACCUGCAAUCGGUGCAGCGGUCGGCCGACAUCGUGGCCGCCACCAACUCCUAUCUCACUCAGAUCAGAGCCGGUGCCGGCGCUAUCACCAUAUUCAUCAACAGUCUCGGCGGUAAUGACGUCAACAAUCAGGUGUGGCUCCCACAGGGCACUUGGCCUUUGGUUCCCGUCGUCUUUAAUAGCACAAACACCGGGUGCUCGCAGUGCAGGAUCAAUGACUUCAACCAAACCCAAAAGUCUGUGGUGAAGAACACGGGCGCGUUUUUCCGCGCUCUGAACACGACCUUGUUCAAUUACGAGUGGUGGACUCCACGAACCAACGACUCUGCCAUCCCGGCCAAGUCGGCCGUUAUCAUUGACUUCGGUUCGAUGACUGCGGCGCCCGAUUCGGGCACUGAUCGCGACGACUACAACUACUUCAAGGAUCAGCUCCGGUACAGACACCGAGACGUCCGCUUCCUUCCCGUCGCCAACGAUCAGAAACUGUUUGAAGACAUUAUCCCUGAAGGUUACCAAACAGACUCUCCCGGCGGUGAUGUCUCCCAAAUCGGCCGCAGUUUAGCGCAAAAGAUAUGCGAAAAUCCGGCCACUUUUCAAUACAAUCUAUGUAAUGACCAGCGCUCCGAUAAUAUCCAAUACACCGGUUUUAUUACACCCGGAUACAAACAGAAUUGGGCAAUGUACCCUGAGUUUUUCCUUAAAAGUUUUAAUAUCAAGUUUGACUUUAAAGCGGAAGACGGAAACAUUAGGGUGUGUUAUGAUCGGGUGUUUCCGCCCGAAAACCAGGACUACUGUAUUGACCUGAAUAGCGGUGAAAAUAAACCCUUUGAAAUCAAUAAUCCUUGUAAUGAGAGGUCCUUCUCGUCUUGCGAUCCGUUUUAUUUCACCGUUUGGGGCAAAGAGAGGACCUCUGCCUCCCAGUGCUAUGACCAAAAGUGUGCAAAUCUAGAUCAAAUUAAGUUUACUGUAUCGCAUACGGGUGUCCAGUGCAGCUCAUCGCACAAUAUCCGGCCCUCCACUACAUUCCAGUGCAUUUCAGCCGCGAUUUUCCUCACAAUAUACUUAUUUUUCAAGAAAUAA